CCGGUUGCUUUUUUUCCUCCCCCCUGCUACCGCAGACUACCUGAAGGACGAGCUGGAUCGCUACGUGGAGCAACUCCAGAUCGUCCGAGUCGUGCGGCAGAAGGAGCGGAAAGGGCUGAUCACGGCACGGCUGCUGGGAGCCAGCGUGGCCAGUGGCGAGGUCCUGACCUUCCUGGAUGCCCACUGCGAGUGUUUCCACGGCUGGCUGGAGCCCCUCUUAUCCCGCAUCGCCCAAGAGCCCACAGCCGUCGUAAGCCCCGACAUCGCCACCAUCGAUCUCAACACCUUCGAGUUCUCCAAGCCCGUCCAAAACGGGAAACAGCACAGCCGGGGCAACUUCGACUGGAGCCUGACUUUUGGCUGGGAGGUUGUCCCACCCCGGGAGAGGCAACGGAGGAAGGAUGAGACCUUCCCCAUCAAGUCUCCGACCUUUGCCGGUGGCCUCUUUGCCAUCUCCAGGUCCUACUUUGAGCACAUCGGCUCCUACGACGAUCAGAUGGAGAUCUGGGGGGGCGAGAACGUGGAAAUGUCCUUCAGGGUCUGGCAAUGCGGGGGUCAAGUCGAGAUCAUCCCUUGCUCCGUCGUGGGUCACGUCUUCCGCUCCAAGAGCCCCCACACCUUCCCCAAGGGCACCCAAGUCAUCUCCAGGAACCAGGUCCGCCUGGCCGAGGUCUGGAUGGACGACUACAAGGAGAUCUUCUACAGGAGGAACCAGCAAGCUGCUCAGAUGGCCAGAGAGAAGACGUAUGGUGACAUUACAGACCGGCGCAAGCUGAGGGAGCAGCUCCACUGCAAGAAUUUCACCUGGUACCUCCAAACCGUCUACCCGGAGAUGUUCGUCCCCGACCUGACUCCAACUUUUUACGGAGCC